AGGCGCGUUGCCUCCAGAAUCAAACUUGUACGCAUGCGCUAGGGGGCAGCGCUGGGUGGAGAGUAGUGUCUGCGCGCGAGAAAGAAGAUGGCGGCGGCGGGGGAAAAAGCAUGAGCGGCCUCACUCAUUGAAACAAUUCGCCAUGGCCUCCCCGAGCGAACAGUAUAUAUUUGGGGAGUUUAGUGAUGAUGAAUUCAAGCAGUUCUUUGUGACAGCUCGCUGCACAGUUGAGUUGCCACCUUACAAUGAACAUUUUUUUCCAUGUGGUCCUCAGUCUUCAGGUGAUUUUCAGGAUGACAUGCAUUUGAAAUUUUCCGAAGUCAUUCACGGAAUAUCUGGGGAGGAGUGUCCAAGAAUUGAGUUUGGUAUUGAAGAAGUAAUUGACCACAAUACUACCCUACCAAAUAACACAGACUACAGUAUUUCAAGUAACUUAAAUCCUCAGGCUCCUGAGUUCAUUCUCACCUGUUCAUCUUCUCCGAAAGAUUCAAAUAAUGUUCUCCAUGAAAAUAAUUUUGAUGCCAUUGAUUGCCAGUUCUCGGAAUCUUCCAUUCCAGAUGGCAGUGGCAAUGCAGAUAGUGAUGGUACAUCUGGCACUGGACAGCGAGAGCGUAAAAAGAAGAAAAAAAGACCUCCAGGGUAUUAUAGUUACUUAGAAGGUGUUGGAGAUGUCCCUUCAGAGACCCUUUUAAAUGGACAUGCCAACUCAGCAGGACUUAACAGUAUAAGCACAGAUGACCCUGAUCUUGCAGAAGAUAUACCAAUAUCUACAACCUCUCCUAGGACUUGUACCAGUCCAGAUAAUUUUGUGGACCUUAAUAAUGAAGCUCUUUCUGAUGAUGCUUCUAUGCAUAAUGUACUAGACAAUACCAGGACUGCCGGUCAGCCUGAGGAAUGCAGUGUUACUAGUUCAGAACAAUCUUGCAUCCCCUCAGACAAUGGAAGGGAGAGCCCAGUAAGGACAGCUGUUGUCCAGCCUUUUGCUGGUACUGAUACUACUGAAAACCUUGGAGUUACCAAUGGACAAACACUUGAAUCCCCAGAGGAGGACACUGCAUCUAAUGGAGUGGUAUUGCAUCCUGAGGUCAUUUCCCUCUCAGAGGAAGCUAAGGCAGAGGAAAUUUCAACUGCUCAGGCUGUAAUACAUCUUCCUGGGUCAGCCUCUGCAAAUGCACCAGCUAAGUCCUGGGCUAGUCUUUUUCACAAUUCCAAGCCCUCAUCAACCCCACAGGUGGCUUAUGUGGAGACAAAGAAUACUCCCCCUGUCACAUCUCUACAAGUUACAGAGAAACAAGUUGAGAUUAAAGAAGGGCCUGUUCCCGUGUCGGAGGAUCCUGUAGCCAUAAAGAUUGCAGAACUCUUGGAGGAAGUCAAACUUGUUCACAAACCUGUUUCGUUACAGCCACGAGGAUUAAUUAACAAAGGAAACUGGUGCUAUAUUAAUGCUACAUUGCAGGCUCUGGUGGCCUGUCCUCCCAUGUAUCACCUUAUGAAGUCCAUUCCAGUAUAUACUAAAGCUCAGAAGCCAUGUACAUCUACUCCAAUGAUCGACAGUUUUGUACGUUUAAUGAAUGAGUUCACAAACAUGCCAAUACUCCCAAAAGCAAAACAAGCUCCUGGUGAGAAAGUUGUAAGGGAUAUACGUCCAGGUGCUCCGUUUGAACCAGCAUACAUUUACCGCUUACUUACUGUUUUCAAAUCAAGUCUUUCAGAAAAGGGCCGUCAGGAAGAUGCAGAAGAGUACCUUGGAUUUAUUUUAAACGGGUUACAUGAAGAGAUGCUAGCUCUCAAGAAGCUUCUUUUGCCCCAAAAUGACAAAAUCCACAUUAACAAUGGCCCAGAUCCUGUGUUUGCAACAGAAGAAGUUAACAAAGAGGAACAAGAAGGCAGUGAUGAGGAAUGGGAACAAGUGGGGCCUCGCAACAAGUCAUCAGUGACACGUCAAGCAGACUUUGUUCAGACUCCUAUAACAGAUAUAUUUGGAGGACAUAUGAGAUCUGUUGUGUACCAGCAGAGCUCCAAAGAAUCUGCCACUCUUCAGCCAUUUUUUACUCUGCAACUGGAUAUCCAAUCUGAAAAGAUCCGCACUGUCCAAGAUGCACUUGAGAGCCUAGUGGCUAGAGAGUCUGUCCAGGGCUACACCACCAAAACAAAACAAGAGGUGGAGAUCUGUCGAAGAGUCACCUUGGAAGAACUCCCACCUGUGCUAGUGUUGCACCUCAAACGGUUUGUGUUUGAGAAAACCGGAGGAUGUCAGAAACUUAUCAAGAACAUAGAGUACCCAGUGGAUCUGGAAAUUAGUAAAGAUCUGCUUUCUCCAGGAGUUAAGAGCAAGAUAUUCAAAGGCCAAAGAACCUACAGGCUCUUUGCAGUUGUUUAUCACCACGGAAACAGUGCAACUGGCGGCCAUUACACUACAGAUGUCUUCCAGAUUGGUCUUAAUGGCUGGUUACGUAUAGAUGACCAGACUGUCAAAGUGAUAAACCAGUACCAGGUGGUGAAACAGACUGUGGAGCGUACAGCCUACCUCCUGUAUUACCGCCGCGUAGAUCUGCUGUGAAGCGCUCUCCAUGCUGUGUGUGUGUGCGCUCAUCUGCGCAAUUACCUGCUUCAUAGAACAAAACUCACAUUUUCACUUCCCCUUUUUAUCCUGUGCUCUUUUUCAUGUGUACCAUUUGCCCUCUUUGUUUUUCCUCCCACUUCUUUACCUUAAAGUUUAGAAUAGGUGGGUAACUUUAGACCAAAAUUGCUUUGCUAGCCCAUUGGAUAGCAGACUGGCCUGUGCAGCUAACCCUGCUGCUUUGCCUUCUGUCGUGAGGUUAAGCAAAGCUUAAAUCAUUUAUAUGAAUAACUAAUUCAGUCUAAGGAAGUAUUUGUUACUGCUAAUAAGAUAAUCCCUCAUUUUUAGGGAUAACUGCAUAGCAUUGCUCUGCUUUGUGCUGUAAUGGCAGUAGAAGGGCCAUAUGGAAUGAAAUGCAGAGGCUGGGCUAAUGUUCAAGAAAAUCUGAAGUAGGUCUAUUAUAUAAAAAUAUUUUACAUAAAAAAUGCUUUUUAGCUUUUGACUGCCUCAUAGUUUCCAAAAUAACUCAUUUGGGCAAUCAGUAUGGGAAUGUGAUGUCAAACACAAUCCCCCUCCCCUUUCUUUGAUUCCUUUAUUUUUGGUCUAGGCUGUCUUCACAUCAUCUGGCUUAGACAAAGAUCUAUUGCACCAGCAUCUACUGUAAAUUUUGGUGAAAAAAAAAUUCACUUUGCUUCAGAUUUCACUUCUUUCCUACUAGCCAUUCUCUUUGCAGCCCCCUGCACCCCCAGCUUUUCAGAUCAUUGAUUAAAAAAAAAAAAAAUAAAGACAAUAAAGCCUGCAACUUUCUGAAGGGUUUCUUGCUUAACAAAAAUAAUAAAGGCUUAUUCAAUGUUGCUGGAAGCCUCAUAGGAAUAAUUACAAUAACGCUGUUGUUUAAUUGUGAAUUGUUUUAACCUCUGCUGCUGGAUUAAGACUCUGAACACAUUAGCAUAUCGCGCCUAUUGCAGAAGGCUUUAAAAAAACAAAUGAAAUGAUUUUGAAAUGUUAGGAAUUAUAGAUGGGUGAUUUGUAACUUUACUGCUUUUAAAUUCAAAUUGCCGUUAUCCUUCGGUGUACGCCAGAUCCAGAAAACAAAAUGACAGUGCUGUGGGCUAAACAAUGGAGAUUGAUAAUACUAUAGGUCUGCUUUGUUUAAGUUUGCCGUCUUGCACUCCUCUAAUGUUGCAAUCCUAAUUGUACACAGUUUAGUGAUAUUUAGGAGUAUAAAGUUGUCGCCCAUCAAUAAAAAUCACAGUUGGUUAAAAA